AUGGAAAUCGAAAAACUUGAUAUUGAUUCAAUCUUUGUUAAAUAUACAAUAAAAGAAAUUGUUGAAAAUAUUGAUCAAAAGAUUAAAGUUGAUAUGGAAAAGAAAAAAGAAGAAUUAAGAUCAAUGGUUGGUGAACGUUAUCGAGAAUUAAUCGAAGCAGCUGAUGAAAUGUUUAGCAUGAAAAAAUGUGCAAAAGAAGUUGAAACAUCUGUUCAUUCAUUGAAUGAGAAAUGUUCCAAAGUCGAUAAUGGUAUCUCGUUGCAAUCACGAAUAAAAAAAGAAAAAGAUGAUCCAAAAAUAUCGCUGGCGAUUACUAUCAAAAUUCUAACAGACACAAGACGCCGUUGUUGGAUGUACUUAGAAGAAAAUAAUUUUACAGCAGCAGCUCGACAAUAUUUAUUAGCUGCACAUAUGGCAUCAUCAUUUGAACUCAGACACAAUAAUGAUGAAACAGAAAACAUUGAUCCAGAAAGCCAAAAGGCUAUAAUUUGUGCAACACGUUUAUGGCAUCAAACACGUCAUAUAAAAGUGAUUAUUUUAGAAAAGGCACGAACGUAUUUAAAUAUAAAAGAUGCUGAUGUUAAUUCUUUAGCAAAUGCUCUAUCGACGCUGAUCGCACUUGGAAACAAAUCAGUUGAUCAUGUAUUAACAGAGUUUUUAAAUGCAAAAUUAGUAAGACAAAACUCCAAAGAUUCAGUUCGACAACUGCUAGUGUUAUUUAUUAAUUCAAUAUUUGAAAUUGACACAUUAUUUAGUAGAAAUGAUGAUGACGAAAAAGAUGACCGUGAUAUGUUGAAGAAACAUGUCUUGUUAUUUUUCUCUUCUAAUUAUUUACCACAAACAACUUUCUCGUCAUCAUCAAAACAAAUCAUUACCGCUGAACAAGAUUUUUUCAAAAGUAAAUUUAAUAUUAUAAACCAUACUGAAAAUUAUUAUUUUUGUCUGCAAUUUUUGUCAGAUUGUGAAUCUGUCGACAUGACCACAUUUAAUGCACAACAAACACAAAUUAUCAAAGAUUCAGUUGAGAAAUGGUUAAAAACAACAUUGGAAGCGGUCAGAAUCGGUCUUGGUGAACUACUGCAUCAUAUUCCGUCGUUGAAAGCAUUAUUGCAUCUAAAAUCUAAUAUUAUCAGUUUAUUGACAGAAAAUCGAAUGAAAAACUGGCAAGCUGUCUGCAAUCGUUUAUUGAAUACAAAUAUGGAAAUAUCUUUAUGGAAUGAUAUUAUUAAACUGGAACUACGUGAACGAGCAAAAAAAGUUUUACACGCACGAUUUGAUCAAUUUAAUCAGACAGCAUUAAAAAAAGUGGAACAAAAGUUAGCAACCUUUCAAAUGAAUUUAUCAGGUAAAACGAACAAAUCAAUCGAUUCAAAUGUUCUUGACUAUAUAUGGAGUGAUGUGGAUAAUAAUAUACCAAGUGAUUAUGUUUGGCAUCCAUCGACAACUCGUCUGCCAAUUGGUCAUGCAAAAUUUAGCUUAAAAGCAGUUGCUAUACCAAUGGAUCUACAAAUACUAUACCGAGAGUUUGACGAUGAACUUGAUCAAAUAUUAAGUGAUGUUAACGAAUUUGUUUUAAGUGAUGUCAUAGAUAUGGAUAGUUCAAAUGAGUUGAUUAUGACACAAUCGACUGUUGAAUCCUUUACUGAUAGUAGUUUUGUUGCCGAAUAUUUAGAGGACUGUGUGUUCAAUUUAUGUACGAGUUUUGUAACUCAUAUUAAACAAUUAGCGGAUGAUACUGAAAAAUCAAAUGAUGAAGAGACAGUCAAUGCAAGUUUGAUUUGGCUUAGUUCUUGUGCUCGUACUAUGCCCAUUGCUUGCAAAAAUCUAAAAUAUUCAUUAGGUAUAGCAACUGAAGCUGGAAACAUUUCAGCGGAAAAAAAGAGCCGUCCAAACUCACAAUCUGCCAAAUUUAAACGUUCAAAUUCAAAUUUUAAACCAGAAAAUUCCACUUGGUUAAAAACACAUGAUUUAUUUAUGACAGCACAUACAGAGCUUUUCAAACAAUGGUUAGAUCAUCUUUGUUUAACGGUCGAUGCACAAUUAAGAACGAAUUUGAAAACAUUUCUAGAUGAUCUACCAAAUUUGAUUUGGGAUGAAAUUGAAAUUGAAGAAAGUCUUGAUACAGAUAAAUCAUACAAGAGUGUUAUUCGUAUUCCAAUGUAUUGUACACCAUUCAUAGAAGAAAUAUUAUUUAAUGUUUGUAAACAGAUCAAUCGAACUUUAGCACACGGUUUAGAAAAAGAAUUAUCUAUUGAAAUGGCAUCAAGAUUAUUGCAUGUAUUUUUGAAUGUUUAUGAAGCAUGGUUAAUAGACGAUGCCAAAAAUUCAACAAAAAAACGGAUUCAAACACGUGUACUACAAAUUAUUUAUGAUUUACGUUUUGUUUAUAUGUUAUUAGAACGAAAAGAUGGUUCCAUAAAUGCAAAAGAAUUGAACGAACGUUUUAUGAAAUUAAUUGAUAAUAUAGAAGCUGAAGUUGAUCCAUUUGAUUUAAAUGUACUUUUACCAUAUAUGCAAGCUCAUUUACAAAAAAUGGGUCCAAGAUCAUCCGUAAGAACAAUACAAAAAAAUCUUUUUGUGAAUAUUUAUGUAUCUUGUCAACUUUUAUUCGGUCAUUUAGUGAAUAAUGAUCGUUUAAUUCCAUCCAAACCAUUGCCAAUGAAUACUCAAGAUACAAAUAAUAUUCUCUUAUUAUCAUCGUGUUCUCAACGUUUUUCGUUAUUACCUAUUGCUGGAAAUAUAGGUAUAGCGACAAGUAAUCAAUCAUCGAUUAUUCCUAUUUCAUCGUCAAAGAUUAAAUCACUUUCAUCCACAGUGAAAGAUCUUUCUGCAUCGCUAGUUACAAACUCAGAUGCAGAACUAAUAUCAGCUUCCACAUCCAAUAAACAAAUAACAUCAAAUGUUGCUGAAGUCGCUACUUAUUAUAGUAAAUGGUUUUCGAGUAUGGUUAACUGA